CAAAAAUAAUAACAAAAGAAUUUUUUUUAUGUUUUGGAAGAAACUCGAUUAUUCUAGAUAAUAUUCUAAAAGUAAAAUUUAAAGUUUAAUGAAAAUAAUUAAAAUAAUCAUAAAAAGUUUUUAACGGGAACAAUAAUUUUUUUUAAAGUGAUGAUUAAAGGUUGUAGAGAAAAAUUCCUUUACAUGGUGGUGUAGAUAAAACGUAAAAAAAAAGUUAUCGAUAUUUCAAAUUUUUUUCUUUUUUCUUUUGUUACCAUCGUAAUAAAAUUAAAUUCUCGAAAAAGGCAAAGUUGAGCACCUAUCUAAAUUUUUCUGCUGCUUUUAAUGCUAUUAAAGGAAAAUCCAUUUUUAAGUGGAUUAAAAUUGUAUAAAAUAAAAUACGCAAAAAAUAAACAAAAAUUGAUUUCAGAUUUGAAUAACCUUUGGCUUCCUUUGUUACAUUUGUGUUAAAAAUUUUUUGCUCGUAGUAUAUUAACCUUUUGUGGGGGCCGUACAAGGAUUACAUUAAAAGAUGGAUGGAAAAUCUCAAAAUCAUAAUGGAAAUUUGACAAAUGAUGAUGAUAAAAUGAAUUUAAAUGAUGAUGAUUUAAAAAGUCAUGAUGCACAACGUCCGAGAUGGUUGUCUUCAUUUCUUACAUUUAUUUUUGUUUUAUUUACUUUUAUGGUUGGAUUUGUGACAUUUCGAAACACUUUAACAUGGUACCUUCAAAGAUUUUGGGGCGCCUCAGGAGAUUUUUGGCAGGCGCAAUGGGAUAAAUUUAUUGAUAUUGCUGGAGAAGAUCAAUAUUUACUUUGGGUAGUUGGAACAAACAUAUUUACAUUUAUAGUGUACUGGUUUUUCGGAUUUUUAUACACUUUUAUGGAUGUAACAAAUAAGCCUACAUAUUUGAGAAGAUAUAAAAUUCAGCCUGGUACAAAUGAACCAGUAGAUAAUAAACGAUUAAUGAAGGUUGUUGCUCAAGUCGUUUUUAAUCAAUUUUUUGUGGGAAUUCCUUUAGGUAUUGUUACAUAUAAAUUAAUGGUAUUUCGUGGAUUUGCACCAAUACGUGAACUACCAACUUUUCAUUGGGUCUGUUUUGAAUUAGCAGUUUGUAUUUUAAUGGAGGAAAUCGGAUUUUAUUAUUCUCAUCGUUUAUUACAUAGUAAACAUAUAUAUAAAUUGAUUCAUAAACAACAUCAUGAAUGGACAGCACCAAUAGCCGUUACAGCAAUAUAUUGUCAUCCUAUUGAACAUAUAUUUAGUAAUUUAUUACCACCAUUUUUGGGAACAUUUGUAUUGGGAAGUCAUAUUGCAACUGCAUGGUUAUGGUUUGCUUUGGCUAUUUUAUCAACAUUAAACGCACAUUCCGGUUAUCACUUACCAUUUUUCCCGAGUCCUGAAGCACAUGAUUUCCAUCAUUUAAAAUUUAAUAAUUGUUUCGGAGUAUUGGGUGUCCUUGAUCGUUUGCAUGGUACCGAUUCAAUGUUUAGACGAACGCGAGCAUUUGAAAGACAUUUAAUGAUGCUAAGUUUAGUACCACCACGAGAAGCAUUCCCAGAUUAUCAAAAGAAAAUAUUUUAGAAACAUUUUUAACCUAUGAGAAAAUAAGUAAAAAAAAAAUAAAAAAAAAAAAA